AUGGCGAGUCCUGCUGCCGCCUCCCUGAAUCCUCCCCCUCGACCCUACCGACGGUUUUUGACCUCCGCUCUCCACAAACGAUUUGUGCAUGCUGCAUUGAUCACCCUCCUCGUCGCCCUCCUGGAUGCUGUUUGUCUCGGUCCGAAGAAAGACAUAUUCUGGUCAUGGUUUCCUUUCGGACCUGCAGGACUCAGAGCGUUGCUCUUUUUCAUGUCCAGCCUGUUUGUCUUCAUCCUCCAGAUAGCCACCCUGAACAUCGGCAAACAGACGACAACUUCCCCUUUUGCGACCUUUAGAACCAACUUUCUCAGCACAUCAGCUGUGCAGACAUUGUUCUGGUACUUGGUCUCAGGAUGGUGGUUCACUGAAGCUUACAUUUGGUCCUCUCCAGACCUUGGCUGGAUCACAAGGGGAAACCAUAAUACUCCUGACAUUCUGAAUGAGAGACCUAUAUACUUCCGGCUUUACGCAUUACUUCUUGCGGUCGCAUAUGCAGGAGUCCAUCUUUACCGCGGAAAUUCAACACUCCUCAUCCCCGUCUCAAAACUACCAAGCACGCCGAACCCCGACACCAAAGCACAAGACACCCACCCGGUCGAGCCUAUUCAGACACGACUGCUACGCAAAUUACUUUCAGUGCUCAUAGAGAGCACUCUCAUACCAGGGGCCAUGAUCGUUGUGGCGCCUUUCAUUUACGGCCUCUUCCUACGAAACAUCUUCUGGCAGCUUCAUCUUGCGAUGGCAAAACCGUUCUUCAACUUGUCAAGAGCAAACGCCCGACCGGUUGGAUAUCCUCUUCUAGGUCUCGGCUAUCUUUUCCGAUGCUUCGGUGCCGGGUUUCUUCUCAUUCUGACAUGGGAGUUAACUUCGCUCCUCUUCUUGAUCUAUCUCAAUCAGCAACCCACAAAGUCGGGGUUGCCGCUUUCCGCUUCCAGCAAAGAUCCCAAUGGAACACUUCUUAACGGGCUAAAAGCCAAACGAGAUGUUGUGCGAACCUUUGCCUUUUGGGAGCUAGCUAUCAUCGCCCACAAACACAAGGAACGAAGAAAGGCCAUUUUCGAAGAUAUUGAACGACCCACUGGACCAAUGUGGAGCCAAAUGGUGCAGGCCGCGUUGAAAAUCUUGCAAGAAGUGCAAAUUCGCAUUGUUGGGCCUCCAGCAGUGGUCCCACAGCCUAGCGCUGCGGACCAAAUCAAAUCUCUACCACGCAUUGUUCCCGAAGUUCCAAGUCAGUCGAUCUUUCAAGGAAGUCCGAAACCAAGCGUGGGCGAGAGGCUGCUGGCGAGUCCCUUGCGACAAAUCGGCAGUAGUAAACAGCCCUGGCACCCACCUAUCGAGCAGACGGCAAAAUCAGUCGAAACAAAAUUGCUCGAAUACGCAAAGCCGCCUGGCAGUGCUGGAACGCCAGCAAAAAGUCUUGCAGAUCAAUGGAUGACCGCUCUAAAGCAAAGUCGCAUUGGUUGGUUCUUCGUCUCCACAAAUGCCGCCAGAAUCAACGCCAUGGUACUCGGAUCUCCCCAUGGGAAUGCAGCAUUGAUUGUCGAUGUAAUUGAGUCGAUAACCAAAAUGCAGGUUGCCAGUCUCACUGAAGAUACUUACGGCAAAGCCACUCCGACUGUGCCAGACACUGUUAGAACAUUUACCAAAACCUUGAACAUAAUCGAAGACUAUGUAUCCAAAAACAAGCAAGGUGUCACGGAUGACAUCGAAGAAGUCGAGAUCAUCAUCGCAAGAUUAAGGGCCGGGCUUAAGGAGUUGUUGUCAGCUUUUCAGGUAUACCUGAUCGAUCAAGGUUUGGGUAUUGCCGACCUCAAUCAGGCCAAAAAGGCAGUACAGGUACCAGACCUAGAGGAAGUGCAAGAAAAGCCUAAACCCAGGGCCGUUGAACAGCAAACGCAGAGGCGACUUUUCCAGAAAGACGCGCAAAAAGAUGGUGCAAAAGACAGGCAACGCAUCUCAGAUGAUAAGAUCCCGAGAUUAGAGCCGUCGGGAUGGUCUGGAUCUAAUCCUCAAAACGGCCGUUUGUUCCAGAGAAGAGAAAUGGAACAAGUCAGGUAG